UGUCAAAAAUAACAAACAUCCGCCAUUUUAUAUUUAUUGAAACACCUUUAUGAUUUUAUUUCAAUAAAACGUCGUUCAUUUUACAAUAAAUUAAUACAAUUUGUAGUGAAUUGGACGAUAAAAAGUAUAUUCAAGAGAAAAUGGCGCAAGGUGCAUUGCCUAACCCAAAUACACUAUUACCUCUUGAACUUGUUGAUAAAUGCAUAGGUUCUCGAAUACACAUCAUCAUGAAAAAUGAUAAAGAAAUGGUUGGAACUCUUCAAGGUUUCGAUGAUUUCGUGAAUAUGUUACUGGAUGACGUCACAGAAUAUGAAUCAACACCAGAAGGGAGGAAAAUCACGAAGUUAGACCAAAUAUUAUUGAACGGAAACAAUAUUGCCAUGUUGGUGCCUGGCGGUGAAAUGCCAGGGGAUUCUUAUGACGGACAGUGAUAAAUUAUAAUUAAGCAUAUUUAAGUGUUAACAUUAAUAAUAACUUACGAAGAAGAUAAGUGUUUGUGUUAUUUUUUUACUUUUGUCUGAUAUCAUCACCUCAUAUAAGUGAUUCACAGAUCAUUAACCUCAAUAUUCUGUGUGACUUUUAUAUUUUAAUAAACCUAACACUACAAAAAUA